GUUAGCAACAAGAAGUCUGUGAUAGAACUGGAACAGUCCCCCUUUCCCAAUCAGUUAAAGCCUGACAGAUCAGAUUCCUGGGCGAUUAUCUUCAGCGCCCUCCGGAGGACCUUAUUUCUAAUUGCGCUGACACAUGGUAAACCAAGACCUGGUGGACAUAAAAUUCUAUUCAACGAAUAUGCUACAAAACUAAUCAAUCCCGAAAAUCCCCCCUUCCUCACGAAAUUCAUACUUUGACACAGGACCGUAAAGCUUGGAAGCACAUGGAGGUCGACUGUUGGCACCACUGGGAACCCCCAUGACCGCCUCAGCCGAGCUGAGAGAGGUACUGCAGGACUGAAAUUGGGCUAAGCCUGUCCUGGCGUUCUUACCAGGUGAUCUUUCAACUUCUUAAGUGCAGUUCGUUGUCCCUGUUACCAACAAAACAGUACAUUUUUUGUACACAGAUUGAAAAGGCGCCCAGCAAUAAAGGAAAAUCCGAUGAUGAACUGUCUGUUAUAGGCAGCAAGGCCAAGGAAGCUUCGAAGCUCUUCACAUUCAGUAGUACUGGCCAUGUUUUGUUGGCUUUGACUUACACAGGAUCAGUCUUUAUUCUGUCAGAUGACACAACAUUUUGAAGAAAAUAAAUUCUCUUCUAAGGAAGUGACACUUGGUAGGCUUCAGUUUCAAAACCAGCAGUCCUUGUAUGAUCAAACACUAACCGCAGGCAGUGGAUGUGGUCUUCAAAGAUGGCGCCCUGAUGAUGAUAUCAUCGAAAUAUACUAGACAGUGUUUCCAGUUAAGGCCAAUGAGCACCAAAUAAAAAAAAAUGAUAAAACGAAUGAAGUUAGCGGGUCUCUUUGUGGAUCCAAAAGGCAGAACUCUCCUCUGGAAUUGAACCUUAUGAGCCCUUAUGAGUUGAGAAGGUAGUCUUAGGACUAUCCUCUUAUUUCACUCGCAUCUGUCAGUUCCCAGAGGCACACACUGAACCCCACCCAAAGGCUCUAACACAUCAUCUGUCUGAUGUAGUGGUAUGGUAUUCUUCUUUGUCAACUGUUUUAAGUGUACAGUAUUCAAUGUAGAUAUAGUAUGUCCUGUCAUGUUUCCUAGAAAGUACAACUGCACUGCUCCAAAUAGGAAAUAACUCUUCCAGCUGUUGGUUGAUAACUUCUCACUGAUAGGCUGGUAUUCGAUGAGGAGGCUGUUUCACUGGCUUGCAAUCCCCGGAGUGGAUUUCGUGAGUAAAUCAGAGCUGUCAUUUGCAAAGAUGACCUCCUAGUGCACUACCAGGGACGAACACUAUUCUCUUUAGUCUUCCAAAAGCCCUUCUAGGUCACCUGGCAAUCUAGACUUCCCCUUUUCGUCCUCCUAAGGCUUCUCCCCUUUGGCCACUGGUUUGUUUUUAACUGAACAAGAUGACUGAGGGAAACUUGUGGAAUCUGGCUCUGGUCCCCCCACUACUGACAGGAUGAUAUCGGUAACGGGAACAUCUGCCUGUAGUCUCAUAGGCCUCUUUGAGAAGUUAGCAACUCGAACUAGAGUCAGUCCAUCUCUUGGGAUUACUAAAGUUCGGGCUAAGUUGAUUUCAGAUUUGCCUCUUAGUUCCCUUUUCUUCCCUAAGCAUUAAUCAUUCCAGCUCAUGAAUCUUUUCAUUCACACCAAUGGGUAGUGGGGAUGCAAUUAUAUGCGCUGACCACCCAAUCCUUGGCCAAGCGGUAAUUGUCUUACAUCUUGAUUACCCGAACUGUUAUGAGUCUCAGGAUGCUUUCAGUUCAGGCCAUGUAGAGUGCACAUCCCUGCCGCAUCGCUCAGAUGUGGUAAAAUUCUUGGAACAUUGGAAUUCCUGCCCUAUCCUUUUAAACAUUAGAAUUCCCACGCUAUCCUUUCGAACAUUGCAAAAAUUCCGGCCCUAUCCUUUCAAAAAUUGGAAUUCCAACCCUUUACUUUCAAACAUUGGUAUUCCACCACUAUCCUCCUUCAAACUUAGGUUUUCCGGUCCUAUACUUUCAAACAUUGGAAUUCCAACCCUUUCCUUUCAAACACUGGUAUUCCACCACUAUCCUCUUUGAAACAUUGGUAUUCUGGCCCUUUCCUUUCAAACACUGGAAUUCCGGCCCUAUCCUUUAAAACACUGGAAUUGUGGCCCUAUUUUUACAAAGAUUGGAAUUCCAGUCUUAUCCUUUCAAACAUUAGAAUUCCAGCCCUUUCCUUUCUAACAUUGGAAUUCCGGCCCUAUCCUUUCUAACAUUGGAAUUCAGGCCCUAUUUUAACUAACAUUGUUAUUCCAGCCCUAUCCUUUCAAACAUUAAAAUUCCGUCCCUAUCCUUUCAAACAUUGGAAUUCUGGCCCUUUUUUUAUCAUCAUUAGAAAUCCGGCCCUAUCCUUUCAAACUCUGCAGUUCCGGCGUUAUCCUUUCACACAUCUGUAUUUGGGCACUAUCCUUUUAAAAACAUUAAACUUCUGGCCCUAUUCUUUCUGCAAACACUGGAAUUCCUGCCCUUUUUCAAAAAAAGUUAGGAAUUUCACGCCCUAUCCUUUGAAACACUGGUAUUCCGGCUCAGUCCUUGCAAGCAUUGGUAUUCCCCCCUAUCCUUUAAAACCUUGAAAUUCUGGCCCUGUUUUGAUAAACAUUGGAAUUCCUACCCUAUCCUUUCAAGCACUGGUUUACCAACCCUAUCCUCUCAAACAUUGGAAUUGUGGCCCUAUUUCUACAAACAUUUUAAUUCGCCCUUAUCCUUGUAAUCAUUGGAAUUCUGGCCCUAUUCUUUCUAACAUUGGAGUUUUAGGCCUAUCCUUUCAACAUUUGUAUACAGGCCCUAUCCUUUCAAACAAUGAAAUUCUGGCCUUAUAUUUGUAAACAUAGAUAUUCCGGCCCUACGCCUUCACACAUUGGAAUUCCGGCCCUAUCCUUUCAAACAUUGGAAUUCCAGCACUCUGCAUUCAAACAUUUCAAUUCUAGCGUAUCUUUUUAAACAUUAAAAUUUCCACCCUAUCCUUUUGAAUAUUGGAAUUCCCGUGCUAUCUUUUCGAAAAUUUGAAAGUUACGGCUCUAUCCUUUAAAACAUUGGAAUUCCUUCCCUAUCUUUUUGAACAUUGGAAUGUCGGCCCUAUCCUUUCUAGCAUUGAAAUUCCGGCCCUAUCCUUUCAAACAUUGGAAUUACAGCCUUUUCCUUUCAAACGUUAGAAUACUAGCCCUAUUUUUAUAAACAUUGGAAUUCUGGCCCUAUCCUUUUUAACACUGGAUAUCCGGCCCUAUCCUUUCUAAAAUUGGAUUUCCGCCCCUAUCCUUUCUAAGAUUGGAAUUCCGGCUCUAUCCAUUCUAAUACUCGAAUUCCGGCCCUGUCCUUUCAAACAUUGGAAUUCCGGCCAUAUCCUUUCUAACAUUGGAAUUCCGGCCCUAUCCGUUUUAACAUUGGAAUUCCGAGCCUAUCCUUUCAAACAUUAGAAUUCCAGCCCUAUCCUUUCUAACAUUGGAAUGUCGGCCCUAUCCUUUCUAGCAUUGAAAUUCCGGCCCUAUCCUUUCAAACAUUGGAAUUACAGCCUUUUCCUUUCAAACGUUAGAAUACUGGCCCUAUUUUUAUAAACAUUGGAAUUCUGGUCGUAUCCUUUUUAACACUGGAUAUCCGGCCCUAUCCUUUCUAAAAUUGGAUUUCCGCCCCUAUCCUUUCUAAGAUUGGAAUUCCGGCUCUAUCCAUUCUAAUACUCGAAUUCCGGCCCUGUCCUUUCAAACAUUGGAAUUCCGGCCAUAUCCUUUCUAACAUUGGAAUUCCGGCCCUAUCCGUUUUAACAUUGGAAUUCCGAGCCUAUCCUUUCAAACAUUAGAAUUCCAGCCCUAUCCUUUCUAACAUUGGAAUUCUGGCCCUAUCCUUUUUAACAUUGGAAUUCAGUCCCUAUCCUUUCUAACAUUAGAAUUCCAGCCCUUUCCUUUCAAACAUUGAAAUUCAGGCCCUAUCGCUUUUAACACUGGAAUUGCAGCCCUGGGCUUUUAAACAUUAGAAUUCCGGCGCUAUCCUUUCAAACAUUGGAAUUCAGGCCCUAUCCUUUUUAACACUUGAAUUCCAGCCCUAUCCUAUUAAACAUUAGAAUUCCGGCCCUAUCCUUUCUAACAUUAGAUUCCUGGCCCUAUCCUUUGUAACAUUGGAAUUCCAGCCCGAUCGUUUUGAACAUUAGAAUUUCGGCCCUAUCCUUUCCAGCCCUAUCCUUUCUAACCUUGGAAUUCCGGCCCUAUCCUUUUUAACACUAGAAUUCCAGCCCUAUCCUUUUAAACAUUAGAGUUCCGGCCCUUUCCUUUUUUAACACUGGAUUCCUGGCCAUAUCCUUUUUAACAUUGGAAUUCCGGCCCUACCCUUUCUAACAUUGGAUUCCUGGCCCUUUUCGUUUCUGACAUUAGAAUUCCAGCCCUUUUCUUUUAAACACUGGAAUUCUGGCCCUAUCCUUUCUAACACUGGAAUCCUGGCCCUUUCCUUUCAAACAUUAGAAUUCCAGCCCUUUCCUUUCAAACGUUAGAAUUCAGGCCCUUUCCUUUCAAACAUUAGAAUUCCGCCCUAUCCUUUCUUACAUUGGAUUCCUGGCCCUAUUCUUUUUAACAUUGGAAUUUAGGCCCUAUCCUUUCAAAUAUUAGAAUUCCAGCCCUUUCCUUUCAAGCGUUGGAAUUCCGGCCCUAUCCUUUUUAACACUGGAUUUCAAGCCCUGUCCUUUUAAACAUUAGAAUUCCGGCGCUAUCCUUUCUAACAUUGGAUUCCUGGCCCUAUCCUUUCUAACAUUGGAUUCCUGGUCCUCUCCUUUCAAACAUUAGAAUUCGGGCCAUAUCCUUUUAAACAUUAGAAUUCCAGCGUUUUCUUUUCUAACUUUAGAAUUCUCACCCUAUUCUUUCUAACAUUGGAAUUCCGGCCCUAUCCUUUCUAGCAGUGGAAUUCCGGCCCUAUCCUUUCUAACAUUGGAAUUCUUGCCCUAUCCUUUUAAACAUUAGAAUUCCCGCCCUUUGCUUUCUAACAUUGGAAUUCUGGCCCUUUCCUUUCUUACAAUGGAUUCUUGGCCCUUUCCUUUCAAACAUUAGAAUCCUAUCCUUUCUAACACUGGAUUCCUGGCCCUAUCCUUUUUAACACUGGAAUUCCGGCCCUAUCCUUUCUAACAUUGGAUUCCUGGCCUUAUCCUUUUUAACCUUGGAAUUUCGGCCCUAUCCUUUUUAACACUGGAAUUCCAACCUUAUCCUUUGAAACAUUAGAAUUCCGGCCCUAUCCUUUCUAACAUUGGAUUCCUGGCCCUAUCCUUUUUAACAUUGGAAUUCCGGCCCUCUCCUCUCUAACGUUGGAUUCCUGGCCCUAUCCUUUUCAACAUUGGAUUUCGUCCCUGUCCUUUCAAACAUUAGAAUUACAGCCCUUUCCUUUCUAACAUUAGAAUUCGGGCCAUAUCCUUUUAAACAUUAGAAUUCCAGCGUUUUCUUUUCUAAGUUUAGAAUUCUCACCCUAUUCUUUCUAACAUUGGAAUUCCGGCCCUAUCCUUUCUAGCAGUGGAAUUCCGGCCCUAUCCUUUCUAACAUUAGAAUUCGAGCCCUUUUCUUUUAGACAUUGGAAUUCUGGCCCUAUCCUUUCUAACAUUGGAUUCCCGGCCCUUUCCUUUUAAACAUUAGAAUUCCAGCCCUUUCCUUUCAAACACUGGAAUUCAGGCCCGUUCCUUUCAACCAUUAGAAUUCCGGCCCUAUCCUUUCUAACAUUGGAUUCCUAGCCCUAUCGUUUUUAACAUUGGAACUCCGGCCCUAUCCUUUUUUAACAUUGGAUUCCUGGCGCUAUCCUUUUUAACUUUUGAAUUCAGUCCCUAUUCUUUCUAAUAUUAGAAUACCAGCCAUUUUCUUUCAAGCUUUGGAAUUCCAGCCCUAUCCUUUCUAACAUUGGAUUCCUGGCCCUUUCCUUUCAAACAUUAGAAUUCCAGCCCUUUUCUUUUAGACAUUGGAAUUCUGGGCCUAUCCUUUCUAACAUUGGAUUCCUGGCCCUUUCCUUUUAAACAUUAGAAUUCCAGCCCUUUCCUUUCAAACACUGGAAUUCAGGCCCGUUCCUUUCAACCAUUAGAAUUCCGGCCCUAUCCUUUCUAACAUUGGAUUCCUAGCCCUAUCGUUUUUAACAUUGGAACUCCGGCCCUAUCCUUUUUUAACAUUGGAUUCCUGGCGCUAUCCUUUUUAACUUUUGAAUUCAGUCCCUAUUCUUUCUAAUAUUAGAAUACCAGCCAUUUUCUUUCAAGCUUUGGAAUUCCAGCCCUAUCCUUUUUAACAUUGGGUUCCUGGCCCUUUCCUUUCAAACAUUAGAAUUCCAGCCCUUUUCUUUUAGACAUUGGAAUUCUGGCCCUAUCCUUUCUAACAUUGGAUUCCUAGCCCUAUCGUUUUUAACAUUGGAACUCCGGCCCUAUCCUUUUUAAACUUUGGAAUUCGGUCCCUAUUCUUUCUAAUAUUAAAAUUCCAGCCCUUUCCUUUCAAGCAUUGGAAUUCCGGCCCUAUCCCUUUUAACAUUGGAAUUCCAGCCCUUUCCUUUUUAACACUGGAAUUCCGGCCCUAUCCUUUCUAACACUGGAUUCCUGGCCCUAUCCUUUUUAACAUUAACUCCAGCCCUUUCCUUUCAAACAUUAGAAUUCCAGCCCUUUCCUUUCAAACAUUAGAAUUCCAGCCCUAUCUUUUCAAACAUUAGAAUUCCAGCCCUAUCCUUUCUAACAUUGGAAUUCUUGCCCUAUCCUUUUGAACAUUAGAAUUCCAGCCUUUUCCUUUCUAACAUUGGAAUUCAGGCCCUAUCCGUUUAAACAUUAGCAUUCCAGCCUUUUGCUUUCUAACAUUGGAAUUCUGGCCUUUUCCUUUCUAACACUGGAUUCCUGGCCCUAUCCUUUUUAACACUGGAAUUCCGGCCCUAUCCUUUCUAACAUAGGAUUCCUGGCCUUAUCCUUUGAAACAUUAGAAUUUCGACCCUAUCCUUUCUAACAUUGGAUUCCUGGCCCUAUCCUUUUUAACAUUGGAAUUCCGGCCCUAUCCUUUCUAACAUUGGAUUCCUGGCCCUAUCCUUUGAAACAUUAGAAUUUCGACCCUAUCCUUUCUAACAUUGGAUUCCUGGCCCUAUCCUUUUUAACAUUGGAAUUUCGGCCCUAUCCUUUCUAACAUUGGAUUCCUGGCCCUAUCCUUUUUAACAUUGGAAUUUCGACCCUAUCCUUUCCUGGCCUUAUCCUUUUUAACAUUGGAAUUUCGGCCCUAUCCUUUUUAACAUUAGAAUUUCGGCCCUAUCCUUUCCUGGCCUUAUCCUUUUUAACAUUGGAAUUCCGGCCCUAUCCUUUCUAACAUUGGAUUCCUGGCCCUAUCCUUUUUAACAUUGGAAUUUCGGCCCUAUCCUUUGUAACACUGGAAUUCCAGCCCUAUCCUUUGAAACAUUAGAAUUCCGGCCCUAUCCUUUCUAACAUUGGAUUCCUGGCCCUAUCCUUUUUAACAUUGGAUUUGGUCCCUCUCCUUUCAAACAUUAGAAUUGCAGCCCUUUCCUUUUUAACAUUGGAAUUCCAGCCCUAUCCUUUUUAACACUGGAAUUCCAGCCCUAUCCUUUGAAACAUUAGCAUUCCAGCCCUAUCCUUUCUAACAUUGGAUUCCUGGCCCUAUCCUUUUUAACACUGGAUUUCGUCCCUCUCCUUUCAAACAUUAGAAUUGCAGCCCUUUCCUUUCUAACAUUAGAAUUCAGGCCAUAUCCUUUUAAACAUUAGAAUUCCAGCGUUUUCCUUUCUAACUUUGGAGUUCUCGCCCUAUUCUUUCUAACAUUGGAAUUCCGGCCCUAUCCUUUCUAACAUUGGAUUCCUGGCCCUAUUCUUUCUAACAUUGGAAUUCCAGCCUUAUCCUUUCAAACAUUUGAAUUCCGGCCCUAUCCUUUCUAACAUUGGAAUUCCGGCCCUAUCCUUUCAAACAUUUGAAUUCCGGCCCUAUCCUUUCUAACAUUGGAAUUCCGGCCCUAUCCUUUCUAACAUUGGAAUUCCGGCCCUAUCCUUUCUAACAUUGGAAUUCCGGCCCUAUUCUUUCUAACAUUGGAAUUCCAGCCCUAUCCUUUCAAACAUUUGAAUUCCGGCCCUAUCCUUUCUAACAUUGGAAUUUCGGCCCUAUCCUUUCUAACAUUGGAAUUCCGGCGCUAUCCUCCCUAACAUUGGAAUUCCGGCCCUAUUCUUUCAAAGCCUUGAAUUCCAGCCCUAUCCUUUUGAUUUCCAACAUUGGAAGUGUGGCCCUCCUUUUGUAAACACUGGAAUUCUGGCUCUAUUUUAUUGGAAUUUUUGCCUUAUCCUUUCAAACAUUGGAAUUCAGGCAUCAUCCUUGUAAGCACUAGUAUUCCGGCCCUGUCGUUUCAAACAUUGGAAUUCUGGCCCUAUUUUGAUACUCGUUUUUAAUUCCUGCUUUAUCCUUUCAAAUAUUGGAAUUCCGGCCCUAUUUUUAUUAACAUUGUAAUUCUGGCCAUUGUAAUUUCUGCAUUCAAACAUUGGAAUUCCCGCCCUGUCCUGUUGAACAUUGGAAUUCCGGCCCUAUUCUUUCAAACAUUGGAAUUCCAUCCCUAUCCUGUUGAACAUUGAAAUUCCCGCCCUAUCGCUUUGAACAUUGGAAUUCCGGCCCUUUGCUUUUAAACAUUGGCAUUCCGGCCGUAUCCUUUCAAACAUCGGAAUUGCUGGCCUGUUUUCAUAUACAUUGGAAUUCUGACCUUAUCCUUCCAAAUCUUGGAAUUCUGGCCCUAUUAUUUUUAACACUGGAAUUCUGAUCUUAUCCCUGCAAACACUGGAAUUCUGAUCUUAUCCUUGCAAACAUCGGAAUUCUGAUCUUAUUCUUCCAAGUAUUGGAAUUGCGGCGCUCUUCUUAAAAACAUUGGUUGAAAGUCUGAUCUUACCCUCACAAGCAUUGGAAUUCUGGCCCUAUCCUUAUAAACAUUGGAAUUCUGAUCUUAUCCUUCCGAACGUUGAAUCUGAUCUUACCCUUCCAAACACUUAAAUCCUGAUCUUAUUGUUACAAACGGUGGAAUUUUUCAUUUUAUUGUUACACUUGUUGGAAUUCUGGCCCUUUCCUUGCGAACAUUGGAAUUUUGAUCUUCCUUUUCCAGACAUUGGUAUUCUGGUCCUUAAAAAUAUUGGAAUUCUGAUCUUAUCGUUCCAAACACUGGAAUUUUGGCCCUGUUUUUAUAAACAUUGCUCUGUCAGGAUACCCAGUUUCACCCCUAUUAGCUAGGCGAAAGCCUUCUGGAGUUAGCGGUUUGGUCCCCGACAGCUUAACCUAUGACGCAGGUUGUACUGGGUUACGUGGUUAACUGGUAGCAAGCAAGGUACACCUGACCUGACCACUCCAAACAUUUGAAUACCGAAUGUCAUCACUCGCAACAUUUGAACACCGAAUGUCAUAGCUACAAAAAUUUGAAUUCCGAAUGUCUUCUCUCGCAAUGUUUGAAUUACGAAUGUCUUCAAACCAAACAUAUGAUUCCGACUGUCGUCACGGCAAAAAUUUGAUUUCCCGAAUGUCAUGACUGCUAAGAUUUGAAUUCCGAAUGUCUUCACUCCAAACAUUUGAAUACCGAAUGUUAUCACCCCAAACAUUUGAAUUCCGACUGUCAUUCUUCCAAAUAUAUGAAUACCGGAUGUCAUCACUCCAAAUAUUUGAAUUCCGAAUAGCAUCACUCCAAACAUUUGAAUUCCGAAUGUCGUUCUUCCAAACAUUAAAUACCGAAUGUCGUCACUCCAAUUAUUUGAAUUCCGUAUGUUAACACUGCAAACAUUUGAAUACCGAAUGUCAUCACUCCAGAUAUUUGAAUUCCGAAUGUCAUUACUCUAAAUAUUUGAAUUCCGAAUGUCAUCACUCCAAACAUUUGAAUUCCGAAUGUCAUCGCUCUAAACAUUUUAAUUCAGAAUGGUAGAAUUCCAACCAUUUAAUUCAGAUUUAUUUAGUUCGUGAUAUUUGAGUUAUUUCUGUAUAAUUACACGACAAAAAUGCAUUACUUAGUUUUACUGUUUUGUAAUCUAAUCAUGAUAUUUUUGUAUUUCUUUUUUUCUUUUUCUUUUUCAGUUAUAGCUUGGAAUUCCAAAUUCAUUUGUAUUAGGUUCAUAGACAAGAAAAAUAGAGAAGGACACGAAGUUUAAAGGCACUAUAAAGUAUGUAUUGUUCUUCUAUUGUUUCACGGGUACAUUAUGUUUUUCUCUUAUAUUCACCCAGUCUCCAAGAUAUCAGUCACUGACGCUGGAGAGUACCCUGUGUUUAAAAUCCACUCCAGGGUGAUCCCUGGUUCCACUUGGUCUGUAUUCCACCCAGGAGGACCCAGGAGGGCCACCCCUCCUGGUUCCUCUUAGUUCCUAGUGAUUGGGGGAUAUAGGUCUCACCCCCGGAGACUGAUCUGGACUCCUGUCCAGGGUGUCUACCCCGGGUACCACUCGAUUCUUGUCUUCCCCAGGAGGGCUUCUUCCUGGUCCCCUUACCCCUAGAUUUAAGCGCUUCCCUGCCACCAGUAUUUUUCCCAUUAGUUUUCUUGUGUGUUUUCUGUGUAGUGUGCAGCGUAGAACCUUUAUGCGAAACCAUCCACCGAUCGGAAGAUUUUAUUAACGAUUUGCCUAGUCCCUAGGCCUCAUUAUUCCGCCCAAAUUAACGAUCAGUUUUAAAACGUUUAUGAUACAUAGAAAAAGAGCAAGGAAAGAUGUUAUGAUCCUCUCAAUUUCUCCAGGCAGAUUUAAAUUCAUCGUCAAAGAUUUAUAGUUAAUGGUCACUUAAAGCUUGUUAUGUAUGUCUGACCAUAGUCGAGUUUUCAUCACACGUGGGCUAUUUUUUGGUGUGGUGAAUAAAACUAACCUGAGAAAACAGCUGACAUUUGGCGACGCUACCACUGGUUUCUCCGUGAAAAGACGUCUGAGAAACAAGCGCAGAAAUUCCAUACUGAUGGCCCGUCACUACCCAGAUCUGGGUAGUGUUUCUGAUUGGUCGAAGCAAAUUUCCCGCACAGCACGUCCAAUCAGAAACGGUACCCAGAUCUGGCCAGUGACGCGUCAUCAGCAUGGAAUUUCUGCACUUGUUUUUCAGACGUCAUUUCGCGGGAAAACUAGUGGUAGGGUCGAGAAAUGUCUGCUAUUUUCUGAGGAUAGACUAUGACUUGCAUUUCACAAACCUUUGGUUUCCUGUAAUAAUUUUUUUUUCCUUUCGUUGUCUGAUCACUGCAUCUUUCCUUUGCUAAUUUUUUAGAAGUGGAACGUUUGGUUCUAUGGUUGAGUACGGAUGUGAAACGUAAAUGUGAAGAAUUAAUAUUGUCUUUAUCGUGCUCAUUACCCUGUUGAGUAAACCUGAAGUCUGUUUGUUGCUUUUUAAUCAUGGUGAAUUCAUGGUAUGAUCGUUUAAUAUCCAUGGGAGAAAGGUAAGCCACCAAACCAACGAUUCAGACUGUCUUUGUGUAUCGUAUUGUACCUUAAAACUCUUAGAAAAUUUUUCUUUUUGUACUUAUAGUUCACAGGACGUUCGUCAAGGUCCCAGUAAAGUGAUCGAUGUUACGGUUCAAGGUAAAGAUUCACGACUCUCCCUCACUGAGUCUUCAAAGGUGCGAAAGCCGUCGCGCGGGAAAGUGUAUGCUAAACGUCACGGUUUUGAUUGUUUCUGAUUGGUCGAGAAAGUUACGCGCUAUGAUUAGACCGUCACAAGGUUUGACAAUAGAGCCUUUCACGGUUUUUUGAAAUUUUUUACAUGGCGUAGUAAGCGAAAAUCCGUCACCACCGCUGAAAAGGAAGCCUAAAAAGUAAAAUUGCCAAGUUUGAGAGAGAUUUGUCGAAAUAGAACCAAGAUAAACUAGUAGUUCGGCAGAGUCGUAAAAUUUUACAAACGUUUGUAUGAUGGGUUUGUAUGAGGUCUGUGAAAUUUCGGGACUUUAGUGAGUUAUAUCUAUGCUCGCCUUCAACCUCCUACUUAGUUUCAAACUUAGCAAGUUUACAAAUUUUAAAGCACUCUUUUACUCGCCAUUUUUGGCUCCUCUCCACUUUAUGAUUGGUCGUGCCAAAUCGGGUCACUUGUCAAGCCAAUUAGGUCAAACUAGAACUAAUCAUGGCUUGUUCCCACGUUUCCUCCGCUUUUUCAUAGAUUCAGCCACAGCCCACGGGUUUUUUCAUUGUUUUUUUUUUCUGUAACCUCUAAUUGGCCUAACGUAUUUUCUUUGUCUGAUUUGAUUGGCUAAUAUAAUUAAUUGAACUGAAAGUCUUCUGUGUAACACCUGUUUUUCGAUGUUUUGUUUGUCUCUUUCAGAGUGAUUUAAGUGGAUUUUACGAUCCGUGUCCUAACGAGGAAAAGAUGCUUCGAAUAAGAUAUUUGUUCAGAGAAGCGGUUCACGAAGUGACAGUCGAUGAUAAUGAACCUGUUUAA